CACAGGGACUAGGGGCACGCGAGGCCACAGCGGAGCGAAGGCGCCAGGAAGAUGGAGGACAAGCGCCCCUCAGAUUGAACUCGUUUGCCAGCAAAAUAAUAUAAUAGUAUUGGAAGAUAUAAGAAAAAGACUCAGAUCUACUUGACUCCUUUAUCAAGACCUUAUAAGCAGACAAAGACUACAAGAGUGAAGCUCAAAACUUGAGAAAGAUGAUCAGAAGUAGAUCUAAAAGUCCAAGACGCCUAUCACCAUCUUCCCGGGUUACACACUGUGAUGCAGAGCUUUUGAAGACCACGCGAGACCGUGAAGAACUUAAGUGCAUGCUGGAAAAAUAUGAGCGUCAUUUGGCAGAAAUUCAGGGUAAUGUCAAGGUUCUUACAUCUGAGAGAGACAAGACCUUUCUUCUUUAUGAACAGGCACAGGAAGAGAUUGCCCGGCUUCGCCGAGAAAUGAUGAAAAGCUGUAAGUCUCCUAAAUCAACAACUGCACAUGCCAUCCUCCGGCGGGUGGAGACUGAAAGAGAUGUAGCCUUCACCGACUUACGAAGAAUGACCACAGAACGAGACAGUCUGAGGGAAAGGCUAAAGAUUGCUCAAGAUACAGCGUUUAAUGAGAAAGCUCACUUGGAACAAAGGAUAGAGGAGCUGGAGUGUACAGUUCAUAAUCUUGAUGAUGAACGUAUGGAGCAAAUGUCAAAUAUGACUUUGAUGAAGGAGACCAUAACCACUGUGGAGAAAGAAAUGAAAUCACUAGCAAGAAAGGCAAUGGACACUGAAAGUGAACUUGGCAGGCAAAAAGCAGAGAAUAAUUCUUUGAGAGUUUUAUAUGAAAAUACAGAAAAAGACCUUUCUGAUACUCAGCGGCACCUUGCUAAGAAAAAAUAUGAACUUCAGCUUACUCAGGAGAAAAUUAUGUGCUUGGAUGAAAAAAUUGAUAAUUUUACAAGGCAAAGUAUUGCCCAGCGAGAAGAAAUCAGCAUCCUUGGUGCAACUCUCAAUGAUCUGGUUAAAGAAAAGGAAUGCCUGCAAGCAUGCUUGGAUAAAAAGUCUGAGAAUAUCGCAUCCCUUGGAGAGAGUUUGGCAAUGAAAGAAAAGACCAUUUCAGGCAUGAAGAAUAUCAUUGCUGAGAUGGAACAGGCAUCAAGACAGUCUACUGAAGCGCUAAUUAUGUGUGAACAAGACAUUUCCAGGAUGCGCAGGCAGUUGGAUGAAACAAAUGAUGAAUUGGCUCAAAUCGCCAGGGAAAGAGAUAUCUUGGCUCAUGAGAAUCACAAUCUCCAAGAACAGUUUUCUAAAGCUAAACAAGAGAACCAGGCCCUGGCUAAACAAUUGAGUGAUACUCAUAAUGAACUUAAUGAUAUAAAACAGAAGGUCCAAGAUACUAAUUUGGAGGUUAACAAGCUGAAAAAUAUAUUAAAGUCUGAAGAAUCUGAGAACCAACAAAUGAUGGACCAACUCCGAAAAGCCAAUGAAGAUGCUGAAAACUGGGAAAAUAAGGCCCGGCAAGCAGAGGCAGAUAAUAAUGCCCUCAAAUUAGAACUUAUCACUGCUGAGGCAGAGGGGAACAGAUUAAAAGAAAAGGUAGAUGCCCUCAGUAGAGAGGUCGAGCAGCACUUGAAUGCAGAAAGGUCUUACAAGGCCCAAAUUUGUACGUUGCAUAAAUCUCUUGUGAAGAUGGAAGAGGAGCUUCAGAAGGUUCAGUUUGAAAAGGUGUCUGCCCUUGCAGACUUGUCUUCCACAAGGGAACUUUGUAUUAAACUUGACUCAAGCAAAGAACUUCUUAGUAGGCAGCUGAUUGCUAAAGAUCAAGAUAUUGAAAUGAUGGAGAAUGAGUUAGAUUCUGCUCGGUCUGAAAUAGAACUCCUUAGAAGUCAGAUGACAAAUGAGAGAAUCUCCAUGCAGAAUCUAGAAGCUUUGCUGGUGGCCAAUCGGGACAAAGAGUAUCAGACUCAGAUAGCGCUUCAAGAAAAAGAAUCUGAAAUUCAGCUGCUUAAAGAACACCUGUGUUUGGCAGAAAAUAAAAUGGCCAUCCAGAGUAGAGAUGUGGCUCAGUUCAGGAAUGUCGUCACGCAACUGGAAGCUGACUUAGACAUCACCAAAAGGCAGCUGGGGACCGAGCGCUUUGAAAGGGAUAGGGCUGUGCAAGAACUUCGCCGCCAGAAUUACUCAAGUAAUGUUUAUCAUUUGAGUUCUACACUAAAGCCAAAUACAAAAUGUCAUUCACCGGAACGUGCUCUCCACCGAUCUCCUGACCGAGGCCUGGAUCGAUCUCUAGAAGAGAAUCUUUGCUAUAGAGAUUUCUGAUAUGCGAAAAGAUUCUUCACAUCCUUGGGAAAGGUCAAAGUGUCAAUCUGAUUUUUUUGCUAUAUGAUUGCAUUUAUCUUUUGAAUCCUUGACAAUCUUAAAUGUAUAUAUUAACUUUGUGCCUCUGAAUCUCUGUUCUCAUGUGCCAUAUUGCAGUGAUCAGAGAUGACUUACAAAAACAAAAAUGCAUGUGGCUCUUUCUACCCAUACAGUAAUAGUGAGUGUAAAACCCACUUACUUCACUAUUGAACACUGUCCUGUUAACUCUCUGGUGUAAAUAAAGCUUAUAAAAAGAAGGAAAAGUGUUUUUUACAAAACUGAUUUCCUUUCCUUUCUUGGUACCUCAUAUAAUUGGAUGGUUAUUUUUCUUAGUUAUUUAUCCCUUCUUGGCUGGAUAAGUUCUCCCAAAAUAGGUACAUUUUGCUCAUACUGGCCUGGGUCCCAAUAUGCCACUUUGGACCCAGCCCGACUCAAAUUCCAGGUCAUAAUCAGCAGAUAGUAGGAGGGUGUCAGGAUCUUAAAUCCAUAAUAUUGUACCACUGAUUAACAUACAUUUCUGCAAUUGUGUUUACCCAUACUAUUUUUAGAAAGGCAGGUGAUGCUAUAUUUGUCAAGAAUGUAAGAUUUUUUAAAUCUGUAUUUUUAAUAAGUUUUCUUUAAAACAUUAAAGUACUGCAAUCAACUUAA